AUGUCAAACACAUCACCGAUAGGUGAGGAGAAUAAUGACUUCUCCGGUACACCUGCACAGAACUUUCUCGAGGAGAUGACUUUACCCCCAUCUGAUAACGUUUUUACACCCUCGGAACGUGUUCCCCCAUUUGUCGGUCAAUACACCAGUCACCCGAACGGCAUUAACGGGAACCCGGCAUUAUUUGAUGUCUACCCACCGUACGUCCCCACGGCAAUAACCACAUCCGGUUAUGAGGGUGUAGGAUCAUCUCAACAACAUCUACCGAUCUCUCAUAACGGCGCCUUGCAUACGCCUUACAAUUCGAUAUACUACGGUAGUAGUCAUACCUACCCAGAUGAUGUCCGCACGCGGUAUAUUUUAACCCCGGUACAGGAUACAAGAGGUUCCACAUCUCCCCUGUCUCAGGAAGAAUUACUUCAGCAUUCCACCUACCACGGAGGGAUAAAUUUGACCCACGAUGCUGUCACCCCAACAACGGUGAUAAGUAGUCUCUCCACUAGUCCGAAUGACUACACCCUGGCUGCAUCCACCACAGGUACCAUGACCGAUUCGGGAGGAGGGGGAGGCGGGGUCGGCGGUGGACAUGAGGCCAAUCGUGGAUUGGGGAAUCGGCGAAAACCGCGAAAACCUCGAACUAUUUAUACCCCAGCACAAUUGGAACGUUUGAAUAGCCGAUUCACCAAGUCCAAGUACCUCAAUCUCUCGGAGCGGGCUCAACUCGCCAGUGAUUUGGGCUUAACACAGACUCAGACAAGCGACGACCAGAAUUCCCAGUCUACACUGCCUAGAGCGAGCAGCACAGAGUCGAUGAAUGGAUUUAGCAAUCACCAAGGCAGCAGUUGUCCGGUCUCCACUCCAAAUUGGAGCCACACAGAUCGAACAAGUCCAGAUCUGGUGGAAUUGAGCACUGAGGUUGGAGAUAUGGCUCAAUCAUUUGAACGUCUUGUAUCCCAUCCUAGCCAGACAAUGGCAAUAACUUAUUCUGCUGCCUCUUACACCAUGUCAACACCGGUUCCUUCCACUUCGAAUAGCGCCCUACCAGUUAGUUGUGUGAGGUACUUUCAAUCCUCCAUGACAAAUCAAGAUCCCGCAUUACUGAGAGGUAGCUUUGAAUGGCAGCCAGGUAAUACAGUGGGCAUGAGACAGGAGGCCAGCCCAAAUGUGCCACCGACCUCCUCAUGGGAGCCCUCAACUCGAGGAGUUCAAGCACAACCCCUGGCCUCGCACCCGAUGAUGAACCUCUAUGGUUGCACACAUCGUUCUUCAACGCCAUCACAACAACAUCCCCAAUCCUAUCCAACGCAGUGGUCGGGCAGUGAUUCAGCUUACAACCAAAUUGCCUCAACGGACAUGUCCAUUGGCUAUGAGUAUCCUACCACCUAUACCAGUGCCACUUGGCAAGGUCAAACAGAGGCAGCAGAGACGGACUACUAG